UUGGCUCGCGGUUAGAGCGUAUGUCCCCGUCUUCCUCCCCUUCACUACGCGAUCGCGCUCGAUCUAAUAAAUUAAUAUAAAUUGAAACUUAAAAAUUUAGGAUAACUUGUGUACUGUGUGAUCAGAACUGGAUUUUGACGUGCGUGUUUUACGACAUUGUGGACUAUUUUUUUUAAAAACAAAAAAGUGUUGACAUUUAAUUCUAAAUGACAUUUACACCUAGAACGGACUAUCAUUAAAAAUUCACGCUUCUCCAUGCGGACAUAAGGAUAUACCUGUAGGAGUUUGACUGGAAACUCGUGUCCAUGACUGGGAGCACUGAAAAGUUAUAACAUCAAGUCUGCACAACAUUAGGAUUUCGGUGGCGUAUGUACAUGAGAUGUUAUGGGCUCACGCGGCAUAACGAAAUGGCGUUGGUGCGUGGUGGUGAUGGCUUGGGCGUGGGGUGCUACAGCCCGCACGCUAUGUCCUCCGCGGUGCGCCUGCGACGACUCACUGAGGGCUGCCUCUUGCGCCAACGCUGGCCUCGAAAUUGUCCCCAUACAAUUGAAUCCGGAGGUUACCCAUAUCAACCUGACUCACAAUGCAAUAAACAGUCUUCUCUACACCUUCACUUUCUAUACCCAGCUCACUAUUCUCGACAUUUCAUACAACAGGAUUCAAGAAUUAGGUAGUAAAAAUUUUGAAAACAACAUGGAGAUGACUAAUCUUAAUGUGAGUCAUAACAUGCUGAAGCAUUUAGACAAGGACACCUUUAUGGGACUAAAAAGACUUAUGGAUUUAGACUUAUCUGAUAAUGAAAUAUCGAAUAUACAUGCGCAAACUUUCAAAGACUUAACUAUGUUAGAAAGGCUCGACUUAUCAAACAAUAAGCUCGUGAGCUUUGAACUGGAUACAUUUGAGCCUCUGUCAAUAUUAAAGGUAUUGUCAUUGAGAAACAAUAGCAUAUUAGACAUACCGUCAUCAAAUCUUUUCUUUGUUAUUAAUUUAGAAUAUUUAGACCUAUCAGAAAAUUUGAUACAACAAGUACCAAAGCACGGUAUCCCAUAUAUAAAGGAAUUGAAACAUUUAGAUUUGAAUAGCAAUCUAAUCGAUAAAGUGGACCAAUUAGGUUUCCACAAUUUACCUUCACUACGUCACUUAGACAUGAGCGACAAUAACAUUACGUCAAUUCCGACAGCAGCACUGUCUAAAAUAUCGAAUUUGUCUCAUUUGUAUCUGAGCGGAAAUUUCAUUCAGAAUAUAACUUCGCUAUCGUUUCAAAGUCUUUUCCAUUUAAAACAUUUGCAUUUAAGCAGACUUUACGAACUUGAUAAAAUUGACUCUAGAGCUUUCGUCGACAAUAUAAAUUUGCAGAAGAUAUGGAUGAAUGAAAAUGUAAAGGUGAGGGAAGUUCCACCAAGACUUUUCCAUGGUAAUCCAAAGCUGACUCAUAUAUAUAUGAGAAAUAACGCAUUGGAAACAUUAGAUGCCUCUCAUUUCCCAAUAGAUAGAUUGCAAGAAUUAGAAAUAUCUGGGAAUCCAUUUAUAUGCAAUUGUUCGUUACUGUGGCUAUGGAAACUAGGAAAAGACAGUAAAAUAAAUAGUAAAAAGGUUGAUAACUCAAGCUUGAUUCUAAAAAUAGACUAUGAGGAAGUGAGGUGUGCGGGACCUAUGCACUUGAAAGGCGCUUUAUUUGUUCAAAUUCCGGAAUCGGAAUUUGGGUGCUCAAGUGGAUGGGUGAUAGUGGCAGUAGUGGUGCUAACUGUGAGUAUUGUUAUAAGUGUAAUCGGAGGAGUUUUAUAUUUCCUGGGACCUUUAAAAAAGUGUAAAGGCGAUAAAUCGAAGCAGGUGAUGACAAGUGUCAUGUUGAACGGUGAUGUAUCUAAAUUAGGAAAUGGGUUAGGGUAUUCAACAAGAGGAAGAGAGCAAGAAAACAAGAGAGAAGUAGAUCGAUAUUUAAUGAUCGGUUCCUCUGUGACUAAUAAUUUUCAUUCGUUAAAUCCACCUUGGCAUAGUGUAGACAAAAAUCCUUAUUAUCAAGAGGAUAGUGAAGAACAUAUUUACCAACAGUUCGCUUAUGAAACUAUUCCACACCACAGAACGCCAGAGAAACCACACAUAGUAUACGUCUAACAAAAGUUUUACUCUAAGGACAAAGUGGUAAAUGUAAUUUCUUUACGACGUACGUCAGUGACAGCGUGUUAUCGUCUAAUUGACAAUGAGACAUGAACUUGCAAUAAUGUAAAUAGUGAUACGAAUGAAAUUGUAAUAUGUGAUAGCUUUGUAUAUAGUCGUGUAAAUAUAUUAACCUGUGGAAACAAAGACAUUAUAAUAAUGAUACUAAAUUUCAAUUUUGUACUUAACUUAUUUAGUCAUGUUAUGAAAGGAACACCUUGAGUAAUUUUUCGCCUAUUAUAGAGUGAUCUUUGGAUCAAUGUAAUGUUUUGUUUACUAGUUCCUGAAAAUAUGGGUACUCGAAUAUUAUAAGGGCUUUGUAAAAAGAUGUUUAUAAAUGAAUAUUUAUAUUCAUGUAUAAUUGUAUAGUAUUGUAUAUUUUCUGAAUUAGAACACCAAUACGCGAUGAAACUUUGUACAAAUAUGAGCAAUAUAGAUACUAAUUUCAAAUAUUAUAUGUCGUUAAUUUUACCUUGAACAUUGUUAUAAUAUACUUAUUAGUUAUAUAUAGACAAAAAUUCUUCAAUAUAAUCAUGUGCGACAUGCUUUCGAUAUUUAACGACACGUAACCGCAUUCUAACCAGUUGCUCUGAUGGGAAGGAGUACAAAAUAAAAUACAUUUUGAUUGGCUAUUUUUGUAUAUUAUUUAAAUGCUUAUGUUCUUCAUAGAUAUUCUGAAAUUAAUAUUUUUGUACUUAGUGAAUAUAUAUUGGUACCGAUUGCAUAGAAACUGGUUUGAGAAAAAUGAAAUGGUAGUCUGACUGAUGUCCUUUUUUAUAACUUAUUGGUAUUGAAUCGAAAGAAUAUUAUUAUACAAUUAAAAGUUUAUUAGAAAAACUUAUCACAAGAAAUGGGUGCUUAAUUGUCGAUGAAAAAAUACACAGUUAACAGCAUACUACCUAAAACUAAGUAGACAAAAUAUUGUUUUGUUAAUAAACAUUUGUGUCUGUUUUUGUUAAGAAAAAGAUUAUAAAGACUAGUAAUUUUUAAUAGUGAUUCCUCAUUCCAGUUUCUUGGCCUGAAAAUAUUAUAGUUAAAAAUUAAAGAUUCGCAAUAAAGCAUUUUUUUAUAAUGUUAUUCAGUAAAAUUAAUUAACGCAUAACCGUAACAUGAUACAUAUUAUCAUUGAUACUACAGUCAUAAUGAUAGUGUAAGCCUAUUUAUACAUACUUACUACUUUAAACUUUUGUUAUGAAACUCAUUUAAAUAUAUAAUACAUUGAAACAAAAUGACAAUUAAACCAACAAUAAAACUUU